GCACCAUCGGCGCGCCGCUCCGGCCAGCAUGGAGGAAUGCGGCGAUUCCGAGCCCGUUGCCGGCUGCAGCGGCCUGGGCCCGGGCGGCGUCAGCAGCAGCGGCGGCGGCGCGCACUCAUGGGUCCCCGAGGACGCCUGGAUGGGCACCCACCCUAAGUAUUUAGAAAUGAUGGAAUUAGAUAUAGGAGAUGCCACCCAAGUUUAUAUAGCAUUCUUGGUUUACCUGGAUCUCAUGGAGAGUAAAAGUUGGCAUGAAGUAAACUGCGUGGGCUUACCAGACCUCCAGCUCAUCUGCCUUGUUGGUACUGAGAUAGAAGGAGAAGGGUUACAGACUGUGGUGCCUGCACCCGUCAGUGCUUCCCUCAGCCAUAACAGCAUAAGGGAGAUCCUGAAAGCAUCUCAAAAAUUGCAAGGUGAUCCAGACUUGCCAAUGUCUUUUACUCUGGCCAUAGUGGAGUCCGAUUCCACAAUAGUCUACUAUAAACUUACUGAUGGAUUCAUGCUGCCGGACCCUCAGAAUAUUUCCCUUGGAAGAUGACGCCUGCCCAUCCUGAUGCUCACGUUAUUCACACAAACUUUGAUUUGAGACCCGACAGCCUGGUUCAUCUUUUCUCUGAGAGAUAGUCAGAGUUGACUUAGCUGGUCCCAUUCCGUAAGUUUUCUCUUUGAAAAAUAAAACUUUCCCAGAUAGAAGAAUUUAAUUUGUUCAAAAAUAUAGACUAGUGGCUCUAGAACUUUCUUAUCUGGAGACAACAGCUUAAUUACAGUUGUAUACAAGUUUAUGCCUAGGAUGUAUUCAGAGGUGGAGACCUCAUGGGUUUCUUCUGUUGUCCCCCACUCCUAGCUAUCUCGUCGUUCAUUGCUGACACUGCUAGCUUAUUGUUGAGACUGCCACCUCUUUUACUAACUCAGCCCUCUUAGUGCCUUUUGGCCACUACAGCUAGCCUCGAAUGGCAUUUCACAUACAGUUUGACACAUGAAAAGUUUUCUUCAGUCUGCUGUGUCAUCCCCAGUAGAAGUAAAAGUUUUCUUUCACUUGGUUUUCA